AUGGCCAAGAUACCACGCAAGAAUAUGUCACCUCUUCGAUAUUCUUCCAAGAAACGGCUGCUCUUCAUAAUGACAGCGUCCUUUCUGAUAGGAAUGGGUAUUCCAGUCAGUGCUGAAAAUGAAGAACCAGCACAGAACUUGGAAACCACAACAGCACAGUAUGGAUUCAAGAUCUUGCAGGAACUCGUUGAGAAAUUUAGAGGUCAUAUGAAUUCAUCACUGAUGAACGUGGAAGGCCAAAACAAAAGUCUGGACAUUUAUUCACAGCUGGGAAACCUCAUCGCUAAAAUCGAAAAUGGGGGAAGCAACAUCUUCAGUAAAAGCAGCAUAAUCGCUGACCUCAGCGGCCAGAUUACAAAGUUUCUGGGACAGGCACGUGUUGAUUCAAAUGGAACAGACCACGGUACAAAGUCAUCGUUCAUAAAAAGUCUAUUCAAAGCAGCCAUUGACGAUUUCAGGACCGGCAGCAACCAAGGAAAAGUGAAGUCCUACAUUUUCAAGACACUUUUUGAUCAGAUACCUGACACUGAGGACCUGCAAGACGUCAUUUCAGAUACCUUGGGCAUGCAUAAAAAAUUUGGUAAAGCACUGGCUGAAAUCGUCGCGGCCAUAAAGAAGGUCAACAACCAAGGAAUGAGUAAAGCUGUGAACAAAAACAAAGGCAAAUAUGAUGACUCAAACGAUGGUUCUGACAUUGGAGGCAGCCAAGACAAUGAAAUCGAGCUCAAUGAUACCAACAAGAAGUUCGUGGAACUGGUCAAGGAUAUAUUCUCCGAAGAAUUUGGUACUCUAGACUUUUUCCAGCAAUAUUCCGGUAACACGACCCACACGCAUGACUCAGACAUAUACAAGCCAAGUAACGUCACUGCUUCUGGCAUCUGGAUGAUGGUCAAGUCCACGUGGCAGAGAAUCUUGUCUUACGUGAAACGAGAGAACUCUUUAAAAGCUUUCAUGGAAAUGACCCCGGUGAAGAUCAUCGAUAGGAUUCUCAGUCUGGGAGAUAAUGUGAAUUUGAUGGGUUUUUUAGCAACCAAGCUGGAUCCUGACUUUGCUCUGUUCUUAACCAAUGAAAUUAAUCCAUACCUUGGCCCAGUACGAGAUCUUGAGAGCUUUUACAGCUUCCUGACAAAUUUUGGUCUGAGUGGCAUCGUCAAUUACCUCACCUCAGAGAAAGUUGGCUACACCCUGAACACAAUGACUCGACUGAUGUCAGCUUAUUUGCAGGACACAGUUUCAGAUGAUCUCGUUAACGAAUACAUCGAAUUCAUAUCGUUCAAUAACACAGAAUUAAGUAAUCUAUAUAAAUCAUUUGUGACAAGUAAUAAAGAUAACUCGAGCAAUGAUGAGGUCAGCGGUUACCGUCGUUUUAAAAGGCAGGCAAUGAAGGAUGUGGGUGAAGCAUUCAAGAUCUUCACCGAUUACACAUUUGGGUCCAGAAGUGGGGAAGUUGAUGCUGUAGGAUCCAGAAAUGGAGAAGUUGACACAGUGGGAUCUAGAAGUAUAGAAGCUCCUGAACCAACAGAGCAAAGCUUCUCAGAUGACCUGACACAAGAUGGGAUAUCCAGGUCUGGCUACGGGGGUUACGGCUAUGAGACUAGCAAGAGUGGAGGUGGGUACGGCGGCGGUUACGGAGGUGGCUAUGGAGGUGGAUACGGUGGUGGUGGCGGUUACGGAGGAGGCAUGAUUGAUCCUUACAUCGCCUUGGGUGCCCUAGCACUGGGAACCCUCCUGGGAUUCCUGCUGUUCCGCCUCAUCAACGGCACCAGGAGACGAGGGAGGCGCGACAUCAAUGACGGGUCCCUUUCACUCUGGCUGUCAGACGUCCCCGAAAAAUUCUUCUUUUGGGAUGCAAAUGGCAGUGAAAUUAAACAAGAACACUCAUCUAACGACACCAUGGAGGAUUUGAAGUUACCAGUUUCUCUCCGGGGCGAUGUCUGGUCUUCAGAUCCGCUGGUUGGCGAUGAAUAUUUCAUCGAAGAGUUUGAAGAGGAAGACAUUGCUGACGAACUGAACCAACUCUGGAGGAUAUACAAGAACAGCAGCAAUCCAGCUUGUGUCCAUUCACAUUUUUGUCACGUGUUAGCCCACAGUACAGCAGAGGAUCUGACAGGAAGGGAUUCCAGCUUGGCAUUGCUUAUGGCAUCUGUAAGCAACCUGAUGGGAGUGGUGAGAUCAGGACAACUGGUGGAUCAUGUGACACAAACUCUGGUCGUGGGAGGUCCCUACACAUGCUCCCCAACUCUCCCCAAUUGCCAGCUCCUUCUAUAA